UUUAUAUGCAUACAGAUUAUUCUCUCUCCAAACUACUAGUCAAGUUUUUCAAAAAUAAAAUAAUAAAAUGGUGGCAUGGAGCAUAUCAGACGCAGCAGUUGAUCUACAGACAAGUCCUAAAAUGGAGGAUGUAUGCGAGCUUUGAAGGCAUAUGAAGAGUAGGGCACGCUUCUGGUGUUGAGAAGAGAAGAAAGAACCUUGAAACAUGUCGAUCUCCUUCUUGUCUUUUGACAGAUUAUCUUUAGGAUGGAAAAACUCGCAAUUCAUCUCCCUCAACCAACAGUAUAUAAGAAGUUCUAAGCGUAAUCAAGUUUUUCCAGAACCAUUUCAUGGUAGAUGCCAUAUCAGAGUAAGAGGUAUUUGUACCUCAGCUUCAAUAUAUACCAAUGCCAUCGGUAGAUCUGAUCAUCAGAAAGAUUUCUCCAGUCCUUGUAAUGAGCCCUUCAUAUUGGAAGGAAGCUCCAUGGAUGAAAUUUACGAUGCACUGGUUCAACGGCUUCUUCCAGCAGCAAUUGAGACUCAGUCAGAUGCAAAAUACAUUAUUGGGUUAGCUGGUCCUCCUGGCGCAGGGAAGUCCACGGUAUCAAAUGAAGUGGUUCGUCGUUUGAAUAAACUCUGGCUUGAAAAGGCAUAUGGAAUGACUCAUUCAAUAGAGCCAGUUGAUAUUGCUGUAGCUGUUCCAAUGGAUGGAUUCCAUCUAUAUCGUUCCCAACUUGACAUGAUGGAGGAUCCAAAGGAAGCUCAUGCAAGAAGAGGAGCUCCAUGGACAUUUGACCCAGAUCGUCUUCUGUCACAUCUUGCUACCCUGAGAAGACAGGGAUAUGUAUAUAUGCCAUCAUUUGAUCAUGGACUAGGAGAUCCAGUGGAGGAUGAUAUUUUUGUGAGCCCUUUACAUAAAAUAGUGUUAUUGGAAGGAAAUUACUUGCUUUUGGAAGAUGGGUAUUGGAGAGAAGUGGCUUCCAUCUUUGAUGAGCGAUGGUUUUUGGAUAUCGAUAUUGAUCUAGCUAUGAGGAGGGUUGAAAAGAGGCAUUUAUCAAGUUCAAGAAAGUCGCCUGAGGAGGCUAAGUGGCGAGUAGAGUACAAUGACCGAAAAAAUGCUGAACUUAUUGUCAAGUCCAGAAAAAAUGCAGACCUUGUGAUAUACUCUGUUGAAGCUCCUCUGUAACUUCUUUCUUAAUCGUCCACUUGAACCAUGAUGAAAUUCUGCCAUUGGGCUCUCAUUCAAAAAUUUGGAAUUUCUCGGUGCAUGUACAUGUAAUGCUUCUCUGGAGUUGUUAUAACUUAUUUUGUACUGCCUGUAACAAGUGAACCUGUGGUGGUUAGAGUGAGACUAAGAGCAAAAGUAAAUACAACCUCCUUUUGAUUUUCUAUA